UUCACAUUUGUUUUUUUUUAUUGUUAAAGUCAUGUAUACAUUAUUACAUUUGAUUAUCAUUUUAGCAUUCACCUUUGGUUCCACGUAUCAAAAUGAAAUAGAGAAUCACCAAAACUGGAAUAUUAUUCCUACAAAAACAUGUGGAUAUUCUGUAAAUGAUCAACGCAGAAUAGUUAACGGCAAACCUGCAAAAUUAAACCAGUUCCCUUGGAUGGCCCAAAUAUUUUAUAAGAGGAAAAAUAAUACAGACGCGUUCCUAUGUGGUGGGUCAUUAAUUAAUAACCGAUACGUUGUAACCGCUGCUCAUUGCAUAACAGAUUUUAAAGAAAAAAUAAACAUCGUUCGAAUUGGAAUAAAUACACUUACUCCAGAAAUAAAAGUGAAAAGAUUAAAUAAAGAUUAUAAAGUAGCAAAUAUUACUGUACAUCCAAAUUUUAACACAGUCAUGGGUGAUGAUAAUGAUAUUGCAUUAAUUAGGUUGGCUAGAUCAGUUAAAUAUAUUGUUGCAAUUCAACCAAUUUGUUUACCUACUGCAAAUAUGUUGAAUAAAGAAUUUAUUGGCGAAAAUGUAGAUAUAGCCGGUUGGGGACUGGAUACAUCAGGACAUCUUACUAAGGAUUUACAAUACAUAACAGUACCUGUUAGAGAAAGAGAGAUAUGCAAUGAAAUAUUUAAUACAACUUUAGACCAGAGCCAAUUUUGUGCAGGAGUAUCAGCAGGAGAAGAUAGUUGUAAUGGAGAUUCUGGCGGACCAAUGAUGUGGAAACGUAAAGAAUCUAAGGAUAAAUAUUUUCUUAUAGGUGUGGUUUCAUAUGGAUUAAAAAAAUGUGGUACAGGCCCUGCAGUCUAUACAAACGUACCAUACUUUUUAAAGUGGAUUUUAGACAAUAUUUACAAAUAAUAUGAAUUUUGUAAUAAUUAAGGAAAUAAAGAGUUGUAAUUAAUAUAAUUUAUGUCAACUAUC